AUGCAUGACGAUGCGAGUCCUGAGAGAGUUGGCUUGACAGAAGCGAAGUCAAAGUUGCUGUUGGUAGGAGUGAAUAUAUGCGUUCUGGCAGCACUGCAAGAAGUGGAUUCAACCGCAGCCUCUAAAGGUGUGAACUACCCACACAAAAGGCAGGUGGGGGAUGACCUCUGCUUCAUUCCAGAGACCUUGACCAACGGAUUGUACUCUAGCCAUGAGCGGAGAUGCCCUCCAGGCGAUAACAGUGCUGCAUGCCGCUUGGUGCCGGGGGUGCCAGUCAGUGCCGGAUGGAUCAUCCAGUACCGAUGCCAUCCUGGCUUCCGACUCAAUACCACCCGAGUGGCUUCCAUCUGCCUGCAACGUCAGGGUGGGGCAAGGUGGCUACCACCUCUUCCUUCUUGCCUGGAAAGUUCUUACAAUUCCCGUUUCUUGCCCUCAAGAUUCGUUUGUGGCAAAUCAAGUCACCAUAGAACUAAAAGAAGAGUCGAUGGAAAGGUUUCUUCAAGAGGUGAAUGGCCAUGGAUGGUGAUCUUUGGCCACAGUAAGAGUGCCGACCCAAAAGAUGGUAUCCACUGGUUCUGUGCGGGCACACUAAUCACCACCCGGCACAUCAUCACUGCUGCCAACUGUGUGGCUGCGCACAGACGGAGACCAGCAGUUUUCCUUGCAAGAUUAGAUGACCUCAAUCUGGAUGACACUGUGCCAGAAGGAGUUCUACCGAUUGAAAUUUCUAUUGAGAAGAACAACAUCAUCAUCUACCCUGGUUUCCAGCCGAACGUCGUCUUCACUCACAACAUUGCACUGGUUAAACUGAAAUUCGACCUUAGAAUAACAAAUUCUGUAAGGCCAAUUUGCCUUCCUACACCAGACUUCAAGGAGAGGAGUUUCACGGGAGAAACUGUAUAUUUCACGAGCUGGGGUCAGACUGACGAUGAUAAUGAACGUAACCCAAAGAGAAAGAGACGUUUUGAGCCAGUCUUGCAUGAGAUCAGUGGCCAAGUUAUUGACCAGGAAAUGUGCAGUAUAAACUACCAAGGAUACCAGACAACCGACACUCCCUACAUCAUCAGUGAAGAGCUUAUCUGUGCGGCAGUAGCUGUCAACAAGAGUUGUCAGGGGGAUAUAGGCAGUCCACUGAUGCUGAAGCAUGACGGAAACUUCUUCCUGCUGGGAAUAGUUGCUACGGAUUACCGCUGUUUCGAUGAAUAUUAUCCCAGGCUAUUCACAAAGUUGUCUUUAUACAUGGACUGGAUUGUUGCUAAUCUUAAAUUUUAAAUACAAGUUAUUUGUAUUAAC